GUCGCGUCGCAGAGCGAUGGCCGAACGGUGUGUCAGUGAACAGAUAUCCACGGCGGGUGCCGGGAAAAAAGCCCCAUCGACGGCUGGCAAGCCGCUAUGCUGGCAGCAUCGGCUGUUCGGCAAGCAGCUCGUGCGUUGCAGCCACGUUAAUGACACGAGGAAGUCAAUCGACUCGGCGGCCGCUACACUCGUCCACGAAGACGGCCGAUCGACCUGCGAGAUCGUUGGCAUGUACUUCAGCUUCGUGAAUCCCGGUGCGACCUGCGACGACUUCACUCGUCAGCUGGUCGAGCUUUACACGAGUGUCAACGGCAGCAGCGGCGGCGGCGAGAAGAGGAAGAGAUUCGAGGUGGUGCACGUGGUCCUCUGGAGUAACGUAACCGACGUGCUCGACUUCGACGAAAGCUUUCGCGCCCACGUCACCGAUCUACCUUGGCUCGCCGUACCGAAUCGCGACUACGAGAGAAAAACCAGACUGACUCGAAGGUAUCGGAUAAAAGCGGGCGUGCCGACGUUGAUUUUACUGGAGGCAUCCAACGGAUUAGUCGUGACACGAGGAGGAGUUGAGCGAACUAUCGCCGAUCCCACCGGCGCAGACUUCCCUUGGAGGCCUCCGCAUCCGAAAGCCGCUCUCGAGGAUGGACCUCUUCUGUCGUGCGGCGCCCGCGACAGUAACGAGCCUAUGUUGCACGAGGAACUCCGCCACUGUUUUAAGGGAAUUUACUUCAGUGCACAUUGGUGUCCACCUUGUAAAGCAUUCACCCCACAACUCGUGGAUACGUAUCAACGAAUUCAGGAGAGAGGUCAUGAUUUUGAAGUAAUUUUCGUGAGUUCGGACAGGAGCGAGGAUUCGUACAAUACGUACACGGAAACAAUGCCUUGGUUGAGGAUACCUUUUAAUCACGAAGAAAGACGUCGAAAGUUGGCAAGAGCUUUCGACGUUCAAGCAAUACCUACUUUAGUCAUUCUGGAUCCUCGCGACAAUAUAAUUACUCUGGAUGGACGCGCCGAAUUGAUUGAGGAUCCAGAGGGAUUGAAUUUUCCUUGGAGCAGUAGACUAGUAAAUAUUCUAACAGAAAAGUAUGCCACAUCGUUACACGAUGCUCCAGCUAUUAUCUUAUUUGUCGAAGGGGAAGAUUGUGAAAUUCAAUUUGGAGAAAGUGUACUACUACCAGCCGCACAAGUGUAUAGAAACGAUCAACCUGAUUAUGAUCCAAAUUAUGACGAUUCUGAUGAUGAUUCUUUGCAAUUCUAUAUAGCUUUAGAUUGUGAAACAUCAGACAUUCUUCGUGAAUUCAUUGGUUUAGAUGACGCAGUACCUCUUUUGACUGCUAUCGAUAUUCCGCGAGGUAUAUAUGUCGUAAUGGAGUACGGUGCCGAGAUUACCGUGGACUCUGUACAACAGUUCAUCGAUGGAUUUCUCAAUAACAAACUGCCGAUAAAUAAAAUAGCGGCAGUACAUAAAACAUCAAAAACAAGCGAACAUAUGCCGGCAUAAAGUCACAUAGAAACGUUAAUUAAAUACAAAAUUGUACUUGUCAAAUUUUAUAAGAGUUGUUCAAACGAAGAUGUCCUACUCUUUCUUUUUUACUUCUGUCUCUGUGAUAUCGUCGUUCUUUACGUAAAGAGAAAUUCGCGUGUAAAUUGCAUUUGUUCUUACAUAAUUCUUCGCGAAUAUAACAAAAAAAUGUAUUAUACCAGUCAAAAAACUAAGUCGAUCAAAUUGUAUUUUUAAGUGUACGUAGACGCACACGAAUACAUUACUAUAUUAUAAAUUACUAAAUAAAUAUCGAAUAAGCGCA